AUGCAAAUAAUAGCUGUCAGUCAUUGUGCAGCAGCCGUCGGCAAAUUUACCGUUAAUUCCCUGGGUUACACAGGUGCGGUAUUGAACAUGAAGUCGUCAAAAUACGUUAUUGGGUUGCCUUCACUGUCCACGGAAUACCCGCGCAUCGAUCGCUGUCGCGUCAAACCCGACGCAAAAGUGCGCACAGGCAACCAAGUAGCUACGCUUCGCCAACUGGGUGGCAUCAAAGGCGCGUCAAACGUGGAUCGACUGACACGGAAGUCUUUGCAGCGGACGAUGAUCCUGUCGAAAUUAUUCAGACCAGGCUCCAUUGUGAUCCACCGGUUCACAUCUACUGCCAAUCAAGCGGACUUUGUAUCUCGACUGAAACAUAAUUACUUUGUCAGGAACUAUCAUGUCACCUUUCUGAUUUGUGUGUUUAGCACUGGACUUUUGGCAAUGCUCACGUGCAGCAUAAUCAACGUUGUCGACAAUCCAGACGUACGCACUCCAUUUAGCAAAAUUCCAAGGAACGAAGCCUACUUUGAUCGCCUAUCGUUCGGUUCAUUUCGGGGGACGUUGGAAACAAAACCACCCGUACGUAUGCACUGGGACGGCACGAUUGAGCAUCCGUAUGACCCAGAAGAGCCAGUCACCAAACCUACCGCCGCACAGAAGUAG